AUGAAGAUUAAAAGUUCUCUCUGUGCUCUGUCGGAGAUGUUGGAGUAUCUCCUCGAGACUGCGAGAAUUUCUCCUACAGAUGGCGGAAUGGUAAAAGAUGGAUUGGGUGAGAGCGAACGAAGCAGAGGAGUCUUGAUACAACUCAGUGAUCUGUUCGACCGUUCCUUCCACGUCUGGAGUACGGGCUUUGGUAGGGACGGGGAGGACCGGGAGCGGUUUGUUGAGAGCUGCGAGGAAAUCUUUUUGGUGUCUGCGGUCCGCUUCUGA